AUGAUCAAUGGACAACAUGAAGUAAACAUACCAGGUUUAGAUAUUUAUUGUGAAGUAGACGGGAACAAGCCAUCUGAUAUUAAUUUAUUGGAAAUGUUACACUCACACGAGAAAGAAAUCAUUGAGAUUCUUCCACCCAGUGCGAUUGGAGUAGGGAUUACCUUUGAAGAUUCAUCUAAAGAUCCCUUAAUCAUUAUCUAUGUCGAAAAGUUACCCUUUGAGCUCUCCGAACAAACUAUUGAAGAUUUUUUUAAAAUAUUACAACGACCACCUGAAGAAAUAAUUAUUUGCGGCGAAAAUGGUUCCCACAAACAAGAUUGCCGUGCAAAUGAAAAUAAUAGGGACAAGGAUGUCAACAAUGGAAUUUUUGAGGUAGAAAAAAAUGAAAGUAAUGAAGACAAUAAUGAACCUAGCUCAAGCACGAGUAAUGGAAAAAACAGAGAUGGCAGUUUUGUUGAUGAAAACGGAGAAUCUAAUGGAAACGAAGAAAACGAUUUUAACAUGGGCCACGGAGAUAAUAAGGAUGAUCAUAGAAAGGAUAGUGGAUUUAAAAAAAAAAAAAACGAAGGGCAAGAAAAUAAUGAGGGAGAUGGUAAUGGGGACCACCCAAAUGACACGAAUACUAUGUUUCCUGAUAGAGCUAUUGGUGUAUAUUAUUAUGCUAAGAUCACGCUUGACGAUAUUAUAAAUCAAAUCCCCGAAAUACGUUUUAAGCUCAAAAUGUGGCACCCAGAAAAUAAGGAUUAUUGGAUAUUUGAAGUCUCUGACAUGUGUCUUUUAGGUGGGAUGAUGUUAUCUGAAAAAUUAAAAGCUCACAAUGGCAAAGGUUAUUAUCCUGUCAAAGUUAACGUUACAUUAGAAGCUCAUAAAGAAGUUCCACAAAACAAUAGCAUAUCAUUGGUGGUCUCUUUUUAUGAUCACGCAGCCACUUUAAAUAUGGGUCGAGAAAAAAAAAUUAGGGAGGAUACUUCUUCUGUUUUCCUUACUAAUACUGAUCGAGGGAUCACAAAGAUUUCGUGGAAGCACGACAUAGAAAAAAAGGAAAGCUCUAAGAUGCCAUUUCACAAUGUUUCCUUCAAAUAUGCGGAUAGACUUGUAAAAAAAUUCGUAUUAAAUACGGAACUUACUUUAGAAUAUGAUUAUCCCUUUUUGAGAUACUUACUUAGCUAUUUUUCGUCUGGCGUGAUGAUUCUUCCAAAAAAAUUUAGAUUCUUAUUUUCUAUAGUAAUAGAAAAGAAAGAAAUUCCUGAACCCGACGAUUGGAAAGACCAUAUCCAUACUAAAAUAUAUAGAAUAAAUUCGAGGACUAUUACAUUCCCAAUUUAA